GUUCAGAUCUUCCAUCCCCCCUCACUGAUAUGUUGGUCGUUCUCCAGAUCGCAUGUACUUUUUUGGCCACCCUUGUGGCAUACGGAUUCUAUAAGCUCUUUGCGAGCUUUUACCUUGAAUACACGUCCCCCCUUAAGGACCUUCCUGGGCCUGAUAACCCGAGCUUCUUCUUCGGGAAUUUGAAGCAGAUAUGGGCGUCGGAGGACAGUAAUUUGAACGCUGAGUGGGUCAAGCUAUAUGGACGUACCGUUAAAUACACUGGCAUCCUUGGCGGGAAUCGAUUGAUCACGACCGACCAACGGGCCCUUUCUCACAUCCUCAAUAAUGCUUACGACUACCCCAAACCGCCCCAUAGCCGAUUUAACUUGGGGCGCAUAGUCGGCGAAGGCCUUCUUGUCGUCGAAGGAGAAAAGCACAAGCAGCAGCGAAGGGUUAUGAACCCGGCCUUUGGACCCGCCCAGAUUCGUGAACUCAACACUAUAUUCCUUGAAAAGUCCCUUCAGUUACGAGAUUUAUGGACAGCAGAAUGCACGGCAGCAGAAGGGCCUUUUCACACUAACGUACUCCCAUGGUUAAGCUCGUUAACCUUGGAUGUCAUUGGUUUAGCUGGCUUCAACUAUAAAUUCAACGCACUCAACCCCAGUCGUACCCCAAACGAGCUGAACGAAGCGUUCACCGAAAUCUUUGCAACUGCUACGCGAGCAAAUCCGUUGGUCUUUAUCAAAACCUUCUUUCCAGCAUUACGUUUUCUCCCUGAUCCACGAGAUGCCCAAAUUAAUAGAGCCCACGGAACCAUGGCUCGCAUUGGGAAUCAGCUCCUCAAUGAAAGCCACGCCCGUCUUCGAGCAAGUGGGGAGAAAGGCAGCUCGAGUGCUCGGGAUCUUCUAUCACUACUUGUCAAGGCCAAUAUGUCUUCUGAUGUUGGUGAACAUCAGCGCAUGGCCGAUAGUGAUGUUUUGGCCCAGGUUCCGACUUUCUUGGUGGCAGGGCACGAAACGACCAGCACUGCGACAACAUGGGCUCUUUUUGCUCUGACUCAAAGUCCAGAGAGUCAGAUCAAGUUACGGGAUGAGUUGCUUCAGGUUGAUACCGAUACACCCACGAUGGACGAAUUGAGUGCUUUACCCUACUUGGAUUGGGUUGUUCGGGAGACAUUACGCGUGCAUUCUCCUGUCCCUUCAACCAUUCGAUGUGCGGGAAAAGAUGAUGUGAUCCCUUUGAGCCAGCCAUUCACCGACAGGAAAGGCAGAGUCCAGGAUUCUAUCAGGAUCAGAAAAGGCCAGACUAUCCUGAUACCAAUUUCUACGGUCAAUCGAGAUGAAGCCCUGUGGGGCGAAGACGCGAAGGAAUUCAAACCAGAAAGAUGGGAAAAGAUUCCUGACGCGGUGAAAUCUAUACCCGGUGUAUGGGGAAAUAUGUUGUCAUUCAUUGGCGGCCCUCGUUCGUGUAUCGGGUACCGCUUCUCCCUAGUGGAAAUGAAAGCUAUCAUGUUCACCCUCCUAAGAGCAUUCGAAUUCGAAUUAGCCGUCCCAGGAGCGGAGAUCGCGAAAAGGUCAACCAUCGUGCAACGGCCAUUGCUCAGAAAUAAUCCCGGUGCCGGGAAUCAAUUGCCCAUCAUAAUCAAACCAUACCAAAGAGUUUGAAGAAUGGUGUCUGUAUUUUCGGUCAGGCUCCAUCAAUGAUGUAUACUACAUUUUAAAGAUGACAAUUAAUGUCCUGAUGGUCUCUGUGAACCGG